AGAACUCUACGGCUAAUCACGCCAAUCUACGGUUGUGUUUUCGUCAACCUUAUUUUAUGCUUAUUUUUCUUCUAAAAAAAAUGAUAAUCGAAAUUUAUACUUCCAUACUGAUCAUUGAACAUUGAAAACUAUUUUUUUUCGUAACAAAUUUAUACAAUCAUACUUAAGUUAUGCUAAAGUAACAACUUUGAGGGUCCUCUAUUUUGUUUCCUAUUUUGGUCAGCUGUUCACACUCGUUUUCUUCUUUGCGACUUCACGACCUAGCCCUUUCGAGUCGUCCUCUGACGGUGCGGAUGGUCUCUCUGGAUUGGUCUCUGAUCAUCAUGGCUUCUCUGUGGAGGGUUUCCAGCAACCUAUUGUCUAGGUUAGGUGGCAAACAAGCAUUGGCCACAAGCAUCAGAUGUGUUUCUACUUCUACUGACAAGAAGGACAUCAUUGAUGCAAAUGUGACAACAGGACCGAUUCAGGAGCCUCACAGAGUAACCUUGAGCCCUGAGGCUAAGCAAAAGCUCAGGGGAGAGGUCAAAACUGAUCAAUGGCAGAGCUUUGGAUGGAGCAUUGAGAGUGAAGCAGAAGACAGGAGGCUGAUGCACUAUGUGUUCUUCUGCACCGUCAGCUGUGGAAUCGUCCUGGGCAGCCUGAUUUGGGCAUACCUACCAGACGCCAGGGGUUUGGACUGGGCGCACCGGGAGGCGUACCUGCAGCUGCACCUGCGCGAGUCUGAGGGCCGGCCACUGCUCGACCCCAACCUGAUCGACCCGGCGCUCAUCGAGCUCCCCUCGGACGAGGAGCUCGGCGACACCAAGAUCAUCAUCUAGACGGCGCCGCUGGUGCGGUGUCAUGUAUAUAGCGCAGAGUGGUGUGGAACCAGGACUGGGAGGGCGCCAGACGGGUGUCCUCCAAAUACACAACGGUAGUGUGUCAACCCCGGGUGGGCGGCGGAGAAAUCGGCGCAAUCAUGUGAGGGUAAAACGCUGCAAAUAAACCUGUCCCCGUA